CUGCAGCUGUCCGGAUUCCCCAGUAGAGAGAUGGCGGCGGCGGCGAGCAGGUCUUACAUUUUUGUUGCCCCCUGUAGCAGAGUGCUUACACCUGGCUUAAGCAGCUUGGGGAUCGCCAGGCAUCGACAUCAUUCGCAUCACAGGCCGGACAGUUCUGCUGAUGCCUUUGUUCAUCAUUCUGUCAGGCGACUUCAUAGCAGAUCGACUCUAAUCUCCCGCUCCGCAUCUCACUUUCGGGUGUGGCCGAAUGGACCCAUCUUUCAGAGUCAGAGACUACUGUGCUCUUCUGAAGUAACACCCUCCAGUGAUGUGAAUGUGGCUUACCAUAAUGGCCUACCAGUUAUUUCCGUGAAUUUGCCCUCCAGACGAGAGCGAUGCCAAUUUACCCUAAAGCCUAUCUCUGAUUCGGUGGGUGUCUUUCUAGAGCAGCUAAAGGCUGAGGACCGAGGAAUUGACAGAGUUGCCAUCUAUUCAACAGAUGGAACCCGUGUAGCCUCAUCAACAGGAAUUGACAUCCUUCUCCUGGAUGAUUUCAACUUGGUUAUCAACGAUACAACAUAUCUUGUGAGGCCUCCAAAAAGAGAUCUCAUGAGCAAUGAAGAUACUGAGACAAUGAAUGAUGUCAAGAGGCUGGUUCAACAGCUCUACACAACACUCCAUAUUGAGGAACACCAGCUACAAAAAGAGCGAGAACUUAUUGGCCGUUUGGAGAACCUUAAUUCGCAGCUUCUUCCUCUUGAAAAGGUAAAGGAAGAGCUUAGUCGGAAGGCAGCUAAACGAACCACUUGGGUCCUUUGGGGAGGAAUGGCUUAUAUGGCCACUCAGUUUGGGAUUCUGGCUCGCCUAACUUGGUGGGAAUACUCAUGGGAUAUUAUGGAGCCUGUGACGUACUUCAUUACAUAUGGUAGCGCCAUGGCGAUGUAUGCAUAUUUCGUCCUAACAAGACAGGAGUACAUAUAUCCAGAUGCCAGGGACCGACAGUUUCUACACUUUUUUCACAAAGGAGUUAAAAAGACCCGAUUUGAUGUAGAUAAGUACAACCAGCUGAAGGAUGCAAUUGCUCAGGCUGAACUUGAUCUAAAGCGACUACGGGAUCCUCUGCAGCUACAUCUACCUAUUCAACAAAUUAAAGAUUGAUGGAUGAGUUAUUUUUUCUCUUUUCAGAGACCCCCUCUCCCGAAUCUUUCUUUCUCUAUCCUGCCUUUCAAAUGAAAACAUGGUCAGAGAUGCAGAUUUUUACCUUCUAACUGCAAUAAAAGUUACACCUGAAAAGGACAUUUUUAAUAAGUCCAACAAAUGAAAUUAGGAUUAGCAAAAGACAACAAAUGAAACCUCCAAAGUCAUAACACCUGGACUUGACGACCUUUGGUCAUAGAUGUGGGCCCACAAGAGCAUCCUAAGAUGUUGAGUGUUGGUAAAGCUGAGGUCUGCUUCGAAUUGAUAUCUGAAGAACUAGGAGUUUCAUUAAAGACUGACCAGAAUACUUUUAACUAGCUAAAAUACCCCUGCCCGGUUGCAAAAACAAACAAAAGAUCGAUAGGUUCAUAAAGCCAUAUGAUUCAAUUAAAUGUUGUUGUGCAGAAUCUAUGUUACCUUUUUGUCUGCCUGUCCCUUCCAUAGCCUGUCUUUAUUUUUUAACAUCUAUGUAUUCAGAAGCUGGGGUAUUUUAUUUUAGAAGAUAUUUGUGCAUGGCUGUAUGUUCACAAAAAAGCAUGAUGUAAUCUUUACCAAAUGGCCUGCUGGAUGGCAGUAAUUAAUUUGAGCCUACUCCCUUAAAGACACCUGCACAUCUGCCUAAAAUCACAUGUUAAAUACACUCAAAGUAAGCGUUCUCACAUACACUCAACCACACGUCUACACACACCUCGAUUGACUUACUUUGUCCAGCUGACCAAAACAAAUAGCCUCCACAUUACUAUCAAAUAAGCCUGACACAGUAACUAGGCAGGAUAUUUAAACUUUAAAGCAUCCAAAUUAACCAUUUAAAAAGUAGUUAAUAAUAAAAGGCCAUUGUUCAAUCACUGAUAGGCACAACAUAAGUAGCCUGUUAUAAAGCUGGCAGAUUUCUUUUGUUCAUCUCAUUUUAUACCCCAAAUGACCCUACUGAUACAAAAAACUCAUAAAAAAUGAGACCUAGACACACAAUUCAUGCUAAGUGCCUAUCAUAUUUAAGUCAUCCAUUUAUGAAUUGCAAGUCAAUUGAUAUGAGCUGUUUUUCACUUGUUUUUGUUAGUACAGUCCAAGUAGUAUUAUCUUUAUAGUACUUAAAUGAUUAAGAUUCCAUAAUUCCCCGUUCCUCUGUUGAGCUGUUCAGUACUCGCCCCUGUACUGAGCAGAUCUGGAUCUUUAACAGGUUAAAAGGCUGCUUCUGUGUAGCAAGCACAGUGUUGAGUUCCGCAUCAUCCAUAAACACCAGAUCUCUGCAUAUCAAAUCGUACCACAUGGCACAGCCAAAUACAGGGAAAGGGACUAUGGUGAGUUAUAGUUGCCUUUAAUUACAAUUAGAAGUAAAUCUUAAUACAUUUCCUUUUAAUUACUGGGAGUAUGUGUUGCUUCCCAUAAAGGUUUUGUGGUGCAAGCCUCAAAACAGAAUGUAUUCUCUGUGCCCUGUUCUAGACUGACUAACUAAACAUCCUUUUUAAUUUAUUAUCCUCUUUGAUUUAACAGUUUGUCAAUGUCUUAAGGAAUGGCUUGGACAUUAACCCUGUGUUUUUAAACACUACUGUUCAGUCAUUUAAAAUCUUUAUUUAUUGUUGUUGACAUGGAAGAUCUGGAGUCCUACUCACUUGUACAGCAGUGUUUUCUGAGUAAAGAUGGUGCUCUAUGGGACCCCAAAGCUUUUAAUUCACAUCACUAGACCAUAACUAAGAUCAUUUGGUGUUUUUAGUAACAUAAUGGGUUCAUUAUUCGUUCUGUAUUUUUCUUAAUAAAGGAAAGCCAAAAUGCCAAAUAUAAGGUGGGAUAAAAAUCUAUCAUAAAGCUCCAACCUAAAGUGGAGUAUCAGAGCUUUGAGUCAGAGUAAGGAUAUCCCAGGGACAUAUACUGAAUCACAUACAUUUUCUCAUUUGUGGUUAGAGCCUAAAAUAAGUGCUGCAGUGCGCACAAGCCCAGUUACAACCGUUAAUGUUGUAUCUUGGCAAACUAGGUCAUUACUGAUAUUGCAUUGCUGUCUAAUCUUUUGUUUAAAGUACAGAUGUAAGGAUGAAUGAUGCAUAACUUAAAGUAGGAUAGAGAAAAAAGUUAUUGUACUUUCAUAGUACUAAAACUAUAAGAUGCCAAAGAAGAUGGUGAUGUGUCAUUUCUCAGAAUGCUUUAUGAAGCAUUUUCUGGUUAGAUUUUGAUAACAGAAAAGUCAUUUCCCCACCCAAACCCCCUAUGAUUUCUCAGUCACUUUUAAGUCAUGGCACAUUGUUUUCAAAGGCAGUUUGCAACUAUUAUUACUGCCUUAUACUCAGGAUCUUUUUUUCCCUUAGCUAUUUCAAAGUUAGUGUUGUAGAGCAGUUUAAGUGUUCUAAAAUUUUCGUGAACUUACUAUUUUUUUUUCCAUGCUGUGUUCAAGAAGGGAAACGUCUGUGUGCAUUUGGUAACUACUUGAAGAGGCUGUUUAUGAAAAAUUGCUGCUUUGUGCUUUUUUGGAUGCAAACUUCAGCUGUAGUUUCUAUUUACUGUAUGCUGCGGAGAGAGAGAGAGAGAGAGGUAGUUUUGUAAAUUAAGCAAAUUAAUAGGGUCCCUGGAUUUUACAUUUUAAUUGUAAUUCAUUUAGUCUUUUUUGCCAUGAUACUUGUGGGAGCUGUAAGGCAAUUUUUCUAAAUACUGCAAUAUUAUUGUGGUGGUGGUGAGAAUUUUCUUAGUUUCUCUGUCUAGAUGAUCUUGCUUUCUUCCAUUCGAUAUUUUUCCUUAGUUCUAAUGUGUGAGUGCAGUUGACGCAAGCUUUUCAUGAAGAAACUGUGUCCCAAAAACUUGUGUUUGUAGUGACACAUAAAAUACAAGAUGCUUCCAGUAACUGUGCCUUUCAGACUUGCAUCUCCUUCUCCCAAAUGCCUCUCCUGCUUCCUGUCAUUCCUUGUCAUGUUUGCUAUUUUUAUCAUUAUCAGUGUGUCUCUGUCCUAUAAUGUUGACAUUUAAUGCCCAGUUGUGAUCUUUAAUAUCUGCUGGACUGAAGACCUGCUUGCUCUAAAUAUAAAGGAAAUGAUAAGGAGGCGGCUUCUUUUGAAAAGCCAACUUCAACUGCUGGGGUGCCAAUGUGCUCUUUAUCCACAGAGGCCAUUUGAGUCAUUGAGUCAGCAAAAUUCUAGUAGACAUGCUAUAUAUAUAUAUAUAUAUAUAUAUAUAUAUAUAUAUAUAUAUAUAUAUAUAUAUAUAAAGUACCUUUUCUUAUAUCACUGACUUGACUGAUAACUGAAUUUCAAACAGCUGCUUCACAACCCCAAGGUGCAGUAGUGAAGAAACACAAAAUAGGAUAACAGACAUUAAAAGUGUGUUCUUUCACGUCUUCUCAAUAUAACUGACUGGCUAUUCUUUUAGUUCAAGUAACAUUAUUUGUUAGGUUUCCUCAUAAUGGAAAAAAAUAUAUUAUUUGUGUAAUUUUAGAAAAACUGAAAUAGGUUUUAUAAAAAAAAAAAAUAUUGUGAGGAUUGCUGUAUCAAAGUAGAUUAAAGGCCUUGUCUUUUUUAGGGUGGGGGGAAUAAGAAUGUAUUUGAAUCCCCAGCAGUUAUCCUCGGGAGGGAGACCGUGAAGGAAAAACUCUUUGCCAAAACUCGUAAAUCUGUCGAAAUGCCUUAAUUUUGGCAAAAUGCAACAAACGUAACUGUGAAGCAAAGCCAUUCAAAGCAACCUUUUUUUUGUUCUACGUGAGGACUUAAAUGCUCUGUCCUUUGGAAAUUUCUGCUUGGAUCUUGUUUCAAUAUUUGCUGCCCUCUGUUUUGGUGUUUUUCUGGUGAAGCGAUGGAACAUAAUCUCUCUUUCUCAAAUGGGUGGCAACAAAUGACACCAAAAAAAUCAUAAGCAUGUGCUGCAUCCGCGGAUGGGAAAGAAAUGUUUGCAACACUUCAGUCAGUAAGAGCAAAUUAUUUUCUCAAAACAUUAUAGCUAGUGUCAAGUCUCACUUCAGCUCCUUUCUCCACACACUCAUGUACUCCUCA